AAAGUGUUUGUUUAAAAAAUAGUACGAAUAAUAAUGAUUAAAUAAAUUUUUCAUCGAGUUGAAAGUAAAUUAAUUCACUUUAUUUCAAUCACACGGCACAAAUUAAUAUUCUUUUUUUCCUUCGCAUCAAUUUUUCCUUCUUUCGUCACCUUUUACGAAUUCAAAAAAUAAAUUACAAACUCUCACGACUCACAUUUUAACAUGCUGAAAUUUCUCUGUCGACAGCUGCAAACACUGCUUCGAUUUCACAGACAAGUCCAUCCAUGAAUCAUGCAUAACACAUCAAUAGGUUAGGUUCGAUCUACGCUUGAUCCAUCCGCUCUUCGAGCACCAAUCUCUCGAGAAUCGCGAGUUCUCUGUCAUCUUCUCUCUUUUCUUUUUUUCUUUUCCAUUUUUCUUUUUUUCCUCCCGUUUCACCGUAAUAUAAAAUAAAUAGAAAGUACACGCGAUCUGUAACUAAAGGAUAUGAUACUAAAGGAUAGAUCAAAGCGAACUGAAUCACGCUAGAAGUUAGCAACAAUCGAUACAACGAACCUCGCACAAACGAGUUCGAUAUCUGAGAGAAGAUAUUCCAGUCGUCGUUUUUGCGCGAUUGUUAGAGACGUCGAAAUGAAAAACGACGAUUUUUCCAUCAACUUGUCGUCGAUUUUUAUAAAGCUCAUGGGAAUAUGGAUGGCCAACGACCAAUCAGAGAAAUAUGUGAGAAACGUGACGAUCCUGUACAGCAUCAUCGCGCUUCUUUUCGGACUGUGGUUACAAAUUACGGAUAUGUAUUAUUCGUGGGGCGAUUUUUCUGAAUGCAUCUUUUCUAUGUGCAAUAUGCUGUCGAUAGCCGCACCUCUUUUGAAACUGAUCACUCUGGUUGUGCAUAGGGAAGAUUUUUUUUAUUUGAUUUUAUAUCUACAAAGAAAAUUUUUACACGGAGAUUACAACGAUUACGAACGAAACAUUGUGCUCAAUUGUAAACGGAAAUGCACAUUCUUCACUUGUUCUUUGACUUUUACUACUCUGGCGACCGUUGUUUCUUACGUUAUUAAUCCACUUGUUGCAAAUAUUGGAAGAAACGAAUCAGAUAGAGUGCUUCCAUUCAACAUAUGGAUCGACUUGCCACUAACUAUAACUCCAUACUAUGAAAUUACGUUCGUUUUAGAGGUGAUAUCCUUAUAUCACAUUGGGGUGAGUUACUUCUGUUUCGACAACUUUUUGUGCAUUAUGAAUUUACACGUGGCCGGACAAUUUCAAGUGUUGCAAUAUAGAAUUUCCAACAUAAUAGAUUCGAUAGACAAAGAGAAAAAGGAGAAAUUAAUCAUGGACUCGUGCUACUUUGCAAGUAAAUAUUACGCCAUUUUUAAGAAAUGUAUACGCCAACAUCAAGCCCUUAUAGCAUAUUGUAGAAAACUUGAAGAGGUAUUCAAUUUAAUUGUCCUAGAGCAAGUUUUGAUGUUCAGUUUACUAAUUUGCCUCGAUGGAUAUCUAGUACUUAUGGCAGACACGUCUACCACAACACGUUUGAUCUUCGGCCUUCACAUAACGGUAUGCUUAUGCCAAUUGUUGAUGUUCACUUACAGUUGCGACUGUAUCAUACGAGAAAGUUUGAGCGUGGCCACGGCAGCGAAUAGAGGACCUUGGCCAAUGAUACCAAUGACAACAAGCGGAAGGAUGAUGAAAAAAGAUUUGAUACUCGUCAUUAUGAGGUCUGGUACACCUUGUUGCUUAACAGGUAGAGGAUUUUUCGUCGUGUCCUUAGAAACGUAUACUAAUGUUUUAAGUACUGCGGCAUCAUAUUUUACACUGCUAAAACAGCAUUCAGAGUCUGAUCGCUCGAGGAUCAGUAUGAAUUUGAAAUAUCGUAAAGACCUUGCUUUUACCGUAGCAUCUUUCUACCUAAGGGUCGUUGGCUUUUGGUUAACCACCAGUCGCCUGGAAGAAUGGUUCAGAAUAGGCGUGGUCGGGUAUACUAUACUUGCCAUAACCUUCUCCGCAUGGGUUCAAAUAAGAGGACUUUAUUUCAAUUGGGGAGAUUUUAGCGCCUGUACUUAUAUCGCAUGCGAUGGUUUGGGACUCGUCAUGGAUUUCUUCAAAAUUUUCAGCCUAUUCAUAUAUGAGAAAAAGUUUCUUGGUUUAAUGGUAUACAUGCAGAAAAAUUUCUGGCAUUACAAUUACGAUGAAAAGGAAGACUUAAUCGUGAAAGAUACGAAGAGAAUAACCGCGUAUUUCGUCUGUAUUCUCACAUUUUCUUCUCUAUCUUCGAUUUUCACGUAUAUGUUCAGACCAUUAUUGACAAAUAUUGGAAGAAACGAAACAGAUAGGAUACUUAUAUUUAAUAUGUACCUGGAUCUGCCAUUGUCUAUUUCACCGUAUUAUGAAAUUGCAUACACGAUACAGAUUGCUGCUUUAAACCAGGCCGGCAGUUGUUACUUUUGCUUCGACAAUAUAUUUUGCAUCCUGUGCCUGAACGUGGCUUGUCAGUUUCGUAUAUUGCAAUACAGAAUAGCCAAUGUGCCAAUUUUAAAGAUGAAAGGGAACCCAGAUGCGAAUAAAAAUUCUUCGGACGAGUGUUACAAAGCGUUUAAAAAUUACGUUCAACAGCAUCAAGCUCUCCUCGACUUCUGCGAAACCCUCGAAGAGAUAUUCACGAUAAUCGUGAUCGGACAAAUAUUAAUGUUCAGUAUAUUAUUCUGUUUCCUUGGAUAUCAAGUGAUCUUGGCAGAUCUCACCCCCUCUUAUCGCAUCUCCUUCAUAUCAUACCUGUUCGCCGGUAUGUGCCAGUUGUGGAUGUUCACGUACAGUUGCGAUUGCAUAACGCAAGAGAGCGCGAAAAUAGCCUCGGCCGCGUACGCCUCGCCAUGGAUAAAUCUACCGAUGGAUAAGUUUGGGAAAAUGCUACGACAAGAUUUGCAAAUUGUCGUCAUGAGGUCGAGACGGGCCUGUUGCCUGACCGCGUGCGGUUUCUUUCCUAUAUCCCUUGAAACUUACACCAAAAUCAUGAGUACCACAAUGUCAUAUUUCACUUUGCUGAAACAACGAACAGUAGACACAUAAUUACUCCAGUUUUCAAUUUCACGAAAUAUCCUGAUUAUAGAAAUCAGCAAUUGUGCAUAAUUUUAAUUAAUUCUAUGUUAUUCGAUGACAAUAACGUAUAACGGACUGAUUUAAAACUUUCAAGCAAGUUUUUUAAGUAAGUAAAUUUCAUUGAUUAACAAAUUAAUUGAAACUUGUCUCGUAAAUACGAUAAUUCAAAAUUAUUUUUUUAAUUUCGUUAUUUUUUUAAGUAUUAUACAUGUCUAUUUUACAAAGCAAAAUUUUUAUAUCAUUGUAUUUUACUUACUUUCGUGUUAAGUAAGACACCAUGUUAAAAUAAAAUAUAAUAUCUUUAUAAAAUAAAGGCACACAGAGCAAAUAUCAAUUAAGUACUUUAUUGAAAUACAAAAGUUGUUUAAAUGAUAUAUUAUGAAGAUUAAUUCUAAAAAUCAAAACGUAAAAAUAUCGAUUGAAGCUUAUUUAAACUUGCUUUGGACAAAAUGAGAAGAUGUGACAGAGAAGUCUCUAUCUUCCUUCCUCUAAAAUUGUUUAUAACUUAAUGAAUAAGUUUCAACUGAUAUUUUUGCGUUUCAUUCUCUUUUAGAAUCCUCUAGAAUCAAUCUUUCAAAAGUUUUCAUGAAUAUCCUUUACAUACUUAUACUAAUGAUUAAUUAUAAAUCACGUGUAAUUGACUAUCAUCAACACAUAAAUUGAUAUUUUGCCAAUUUCAAAGCAGAGAGGCUCUCAGAAAAUUAUGUAAUCACAAUUAAAAGUUUAAUUUUAAAUUAUGUCACAUUAUUGCAUAACGUAUAAGAUUUCAUCUUAUAUGGCGUCGAAAGAAAAAUAAAUGAUAAAAUUAAAAAAGAAAUUAAACAGAA